AUGGAAUAUGUGGAAAACUUUAAUCUGAUCAGUGAGAUGGUGGGUGAUGCUUUAGGUGUGAACGUGACCUAUGAUGAACCUGAAGAUUUUGAUGGGGAAGGGUUGCCGAAUGAGAAAGCACAAAGAUUUUAUCAGUUGUUGAAUGAGAUGCAUAUGUCGUUGUUUGAGGGGUCCUCAGACACAAAGUUAUCAAUGUGUGUGAGACUAUUGGCCUCCAAGUCAAAUUGGAAUGUUCCUGGUGAGGAUCCGCAUAAGCAUCUUAAGGAAUUUCAGGUUGUUUGCUCUACACCAUUAAGACCUGAAGGAAUCACCGAAGAUCACAUCAAGCUGAGAGCCUUCCCGUCUUCACUACAGGGUGCUGCCAAGGAUUGGUUAUAUUAUCUUGAGUCGAAUUCUGUCACGACUUGGAAUGAUUUGAAGAGAGUUUUCCUAGAGAGUUACUUUCCUGCCUCCAGGGCUGCAUCGAUCCGAAAAGAUAUAUGUGGUAUUAGACAGGGAAAUGAGUCAUUGGCUGAGUAUCGGGAGAGAUUCAAACAAUUAGUAUCCAGCUACCCUCAACAUCAAAUUACCGAACAACUGCUUAUUCAGUAUUUCUAUGAGGGAUUGUUGCCAAUGGAUAGAAACAUUCUUGAUGUUGUUGCUGGUGGAGCACUUGUCGAUAAAACUCCAGUUGCUGCUAAAGCCCUAAUUGAGAACAUGUCACUCAACUCCCAACAAUUCACAACCAGAAAUAAUUAUACGGUCCAAACAAAAGGUGUGAAUGACAUUCAGGUUUCCUCUUCCAACAAGGCUUUAGAAACCAGAAUUGAAGAGCUUACUUCUUUAGUGAAACAAAUGAUAGUGAGUAAACCUCAAACAACAAAGUUGUGUGAUAUUUAUACUUAUACUGAACAUCCAACUGACGUAUGUCAUAUUCUUCAAGAUGAUUCGGUCACUCAGUUUCCUCAAGCAUAUGCAGCUAACUUUUUCAACCAAAGCAACAAUCAGAGAGGGUACAACAUUCCUGACUUGUCUACCAACAAAUAUCAUCCCAAUUGGAGGAACCAUCUAAACCUUCGAUAUGGAAACCAUCAGCCCACCCAACAACAAUUAGUCAUACCCCUGCCACAACCACAAACCACUCCCCAAGUCUCCACCUCUGCACCUUCCGGACCUUCAUUGGAGGAUCUUGUCAAACAAAUGGCUGUUAACAAUCUCCAAUUUCAGCAACAAAUAGAUUCCAGUAUUCAGACUUUGCAGACACAGAUUGGACAGCUUACCACUUCGAUGAAUGCCAUACAGCAAGCCCAAGGAUCAAACCAAAUUCCUGCCCAAACAGUUGUGAAUCCAAAAGGCCUUAAUGCUAAUGUGAGUGCAAUUUCCUUGAGAUCCGAGAAGAUUUCUACAUUCUGGACAUGUAUGGAGAAACAAAUUCAAGCAGACCGCCUAUCAUUUUAG